CAGCGCUCCUUGCAUGCGGUUUCUCGAGCCCCAAUCGGCUGGGUUCACGAUGUCGUCGCCCUGUACGGAGUAAGGACCCGGCGAUCGACUACCGGCAGAACAAAUAACCCCCUAACAAUCGGCCUACGCUGUAAAUAAAUAAUGAAUACGCCAGUACAUUGUAAUAAUACCGCGGCCCUGAUACGUUGUUCUGAGUCAGGGGCGAGACCUAUCCCAAACGGGUAAUUGGCUGUAGGUUAGCUCAGCCCAGCAACAUCAACUCCGCUCUCCAAGGCAUCCAACAUUAAAUUUUUAUAACUUUUGUCGCCGCGCACCACGCACGCACCGACCCCCCGGUCUCUGUCGAAUUGCGCUCCCCGCUAUGCAUCAUCAGCUCAGCCAUUGGCAUUGCGAGUGACCUAGCCUACUUCGCGGCUCGCAAACUUGGCGAAAUAAACGCAUCGGAGGACAGACGGGUUUGUAUUACCUGUGCACCUCCACCGACCAUUAUUCCCCAUGGAGAAGUCCGCACGACGAAAGGGUGGGAGCAUGAGACAUUCAAAGGCGAAUGCGAAUGCGCGGCGGAAGGUUGCCAGCAUUCUAACUGAGGACAUCGACACAGAAAUCCCUACCAGACCGAAGCAUACGACCCCCCAAGCCAAAAACCUGACCCCUACCCCCACCCAGCAACAAGAAGACUCGUCGGAAAGUUCAGAUGGCAUAGCAACACCGUCUCCCACACUCUCGGGGAUGAACGGUCACGCGGGUGAACAGCGCGAUACCCCAAUUGUUAGCAAUCGAACUAGGAUGGCGAGAAAAGCAUCGUCUCCCAUGGCCCCGGCCUUCAUGGUCUCCGCGCCCGGCAAAGUCAUUGUCUUUGGAGAGCAUGCUGUUGUUCACGGUAAGCGGGCUAUGGCCGCCGCCAUUUCCCUCCGCUCAUACCUCCUGGUUACUACUUUAUCGAAAUCGCAUCGCACCAUUACACUUAAUUUUAGAGACAUUGAGUUGGAUCACACAUGGGAUAUUGAUUCGCUGCCCUGGGAGUUAUUCCGACACCCAUCCAAGAAAAAAUUCUACUACGAUUCUGUCACUUCUCUUGACACCGAACUCCUUGAAGCUAUACAGCCACAUGUCGCAGACAUAUCUAUUGGUAAACCAGAUGACGUGCGGAAAAUCCACCAAAGCUCCGCGACCGCCUUCCUCUACCUCUUUCUCUCCCUUAGCUCCCCGCAAACUCAUGCUGCAGUUUACACCCUGCGAUCAACGAUCCCGAUUGGCGCUGGAUUAGGAAGCAGCGCUAGUAUAGCUGUCUGCCUUAGCGCAGCUCUCUUGUUGCAAAUACGUAUCCUAGCAGGCCCACAUCAAGAUCAGCCGCCCGAAGAGGCAGAAACUCAGAUUGAACGAAUAAACAAAUGGGCGUUUGUUGGUGAAAUGUGUAUACAUGGCAAUCCUAGUGGUGUGGAUAAUACCGUCUCAGCUGGCGGAAAAGCCGUCAUAUUUAGAAGAGGAGAUUAUUCCAAACCGCCCUCUGUGACUCCCAUACUUGAUUUCCCUGAACUUCCCCUCCUCCUUGUCAAUUCGCGCCAACCACGAUCUACUGCAACUGAAGUCGCGAAAGUUGGAAAGUUUUGCAAAGCACACCCUGCAGUUUCUGAAUCAAUACUCGAAGCUAUAGAUCAGGUUACGGAAUCUGCCAGCGACUUCAUUCAAUCCGGGGAUUUUGACUCAAGCUCCAUCGAGGCAAUCGACCAUUUUGGUGAGCUAUUCCGCAUCAACCAUGGCCUCCUCGUUUCGCUAGGAGUAUCUCACCCCCGCCUUGAGCGCAUCCGAGAAUUAGUCGACCACACCGGCUCCGGCUGGACAAAACUUACCGGUGCCGGUGGCGGUGGUUGCGCGAUAACCUUGCUAAGAGCAAACACUGACCCAGCAGUAUUGCGCCAGCUAGAAAAAACUCUAGACGAUGAAGGAUUUGAGCGUUAUGAGACAACUCUUGGUGGGCAUGGCAUUGGAGUGCUGUGGCCUGCUGUGCUAAAGAAUGGAACGGACGAAGAAGGCGGGGAAGAAAUUGACCAGCAGAAAUUCGAGAACGCGGUUGGAAACGCUGGGAUUGAACGUUUAGUUGGUGUGGGUGGGUACGAGAGGCGAGAGGGUUGGAAAUUCUGGAAGCGUGGAAGCAAUAAGGAAUAACUACCGUUCUACACAAUACGGAUUCGCUUUUUUAUCCCUUGUUGUCAUCCAAAUGGAACGGAUGUCAUCUUUACUGGAUAUUCGUUGAAACUCCUGAUGGAUCAUAACACCUUUAACCUUGUGGAAGCCUAUCCUUGAGCAACCUCAUCUAUCCAACAAUCCUCAAACCAAACACCAUCUUUCUCUUCAUUCCUUAUCCACCUAUCGAAUUCCUAAGUCUUCUCACCACCAUCCUAACCCUCGAACGCAUCACUCAAUGCGAACACCCCCUGUACUGCUCCUUUUUUUUUUUUUUUUUUUUUUUU